GGUCAUUAUACUCCACCACUUGGCUCUCUGGUCAUUAUACUCCACCACUUGGCUCUCUGGUCAUUAUACUCCACCACCGGGCUCUCUGGUCAUUAUACUCCACCACCUAGAUGCCUGGUUAUUAUAUUCCACCACUUGAAUGUCUGAUCAUUGUACUCCACCAGCUGACUGUCUUGACAUUAUACUCCACCACUUGGCUCUCUGGUCAUUAUACUCCACCACUUGGCUCUCUGGUCAUUAUACUCCACCACUUGGCUCUCUGGUCAUUAUACUCCACCACCUGGUUGUCUUGCUAUUAUAUUUCACCAACUAACUGUCUGAUCAUUAUAUUCCACUACUUGGUUCUCUGGUCAUUAUACAGCUGCACCUAGCUGGGUCUGGUUAUUAUACUCCACCACCUGGCUGUCUCUUUUCCUCGGCUGUCAGAAUGGUCCGGCUGUGGUGGCUGUGGUGUGUGGUGGCUGUGGUAGGUGACCAAACUACGACAUCGACGAAGAUAAAAGCAGAAGAUUGUGUUCAGUUUACUCUGCCCGAUGACUCAGACACUCACCAUCUUCCAAAGAGGUUUGAUAUAACGGUUACCAUUGCCCUGCGUCCAGAGGGUGAAGAAUCAUGGCAAGCUACAGGCACCAUUCGGGACGACCACGGGAACAGCUGCAUCCUCACCUUUUAUCUUGAAUCUGUGAAAGUUUUAUGCUCAAAUGGUGCAGAUAAGACUACUAUCUUGAGCAAGCCAGUCUUCAAAAUAAACGAGUGGAAGAAAUUUUUCAUUGACAUGAAGAAAGACUCCAUAAAACCCCCACUCAAUACGAAACGUUACUCUUCGCCGAGAAACAAGAUGCCAGAGGCCACAACAGACUCUGCUGUAACAGGUGGACCAGCAGACAACACACAGACCACAACAGACUCUGCUGUAACAGGUGGACCAGCAGACAACACACAGACCACAGCAGAAUCUACUGUAACACGUGGACCAGCAGACAACACACAGACCACAGCAGAAUCUACUGUAACACGUGGACCAGCAGACAACACACAGACCACAGCAGAAUCUACUGUAACACGUGGACCAGCAGACAACACACAGACCACAGCAGAAUCUACUGUAACACGUGGACCAGCAGACAACACACAGACCACAGCAGACUCUACUGGGUACGAGAUGGUGAUGGGGAUGGAAGGUCAUAAGGAAGAAAUAAGUUUGGUGAAGGACACUGGCCUCACCCCACCCUUCAAUCUGGCGUGGGACAGACAAGCGAAGAUGAAAUUCUACUACAACUGUCUGGAUGAAGAUUGCGUGAUAAAAGACAGUUUAUACAGUGAAGGUGAAGCAAUGAAGCGCAUCUUCUACUUCAGACACCUACCCACAGAGACAGUUAGGAAGAUGCACGUGAAUUGUACUUUGCUCAAGAACGAAGCACUCCCUCUGACCUUCAAUGAGCAUGACCUCAAGGACGCGAACGAUUGGAUGGAAUUCGAAGUUCUUGACGAAAUUCUCUCGCUGAAGAUUCUGGUCAACGGGGAGGAAAAGUACAGCAUAGACGGGUACGACUUCCAUCUGGUCGAGAGUCUGAACGUCACGCUUGAAGGAGGAGGACAGCUAAGCUGGUGUGGUCACCGACCUCACACUAAAUAUGAUGUCCAGCAAGAUAUUAAGAUGGUACUGACCUGGGUCGGGGUGGUACUGCUGGCAUGCCUUGAAACCGUCCUGCUGGUAAAAGUGGUGAGGGUGUACAAUGAAGUGAGGUUCCUGAAGAAGACGAGAACAAGACUAGCCCAGGAGAGGAGAGAACACCGUUUUCUGCCGCUACCUGAGGAACUUUCACCACCCGUCAUCAGGAGGUUUUCUCCACGUGACCUGCCUCAGAGCCAAGACUACCUGCUACCUCAGACUACCAGGGCUACACCACACUGGCCACACCAACGGCAAGACUUACCCAACAGCUUUCAUGAACCUGCUGACCAACUGCUAAUCAACCGUAGUAGUAAUAACAGCUUAUAUGAACCUGCUGACCAACUGCUAACCAACCGUAGUAGUAAUAACAGCUUAUAUGAACCUGCUGACCAACUGCUAAUCAGUAGUAAUAACAGCAAUGAACUACCAACUGCUAACCAACCGUAG